AAAGGAAGCGCGCUGAUCAUGCUGUUCCGGGGGUUUUAAUCACAGUGGAUCCCCUGGGAGAGGACACGUCACUAGUCCCAUUUCACAGAUGAGGAAGUUGUGGCUCAGAAAAGGGGCGGAAACUAAAGUUCGGAAAGGUAGAGCGACUUGCCCAAGGUCGCGGGACUAGAAGGUGGCGGGGUCGGGAUUCGAACCACCGAGCUGAGCCGACGUACCGGCGAGGAUCCUCCCAGGGGCAUAGAGAGGAGACGGAGCCGGAUGGUGGCAGUGAUUUUGAGGAGGGGAAGAGGAAGGAGGAUACAAGCAAGGGAAGUCACAGGCUGUAGUGCCUAGACAGACCCUGGUUUGAAUCUCGGCCUUACCACUUUCUGGCAUCCGCCGCCAUGGCCCAGACACUGCAGAUGGAGAUCCCGAACUUUGGCAACAGCAUCCUGGAGUGCCUCAAUGAGCAGCGGCUACAGGGCCUGUACUGUGACGUGUCGGUGGUGGUCAAGGGCCAUGCCUUCAAGGCCCACCGGGCCGUGCUGGCUGCCAGCAGCUCCUACUUCCGGGACCUGUUCAACAACAGCCGCAGCGCCGUGGUGGAGCUGCCGGCGGCCGUGCAACCCCAGUCUUUCCAGCAGAUCCUCAGCUUCUGCUACACGGGCCGGCUGAGCAUGAACGUGGGUGACCAGUUCCUGCUCAUGUACACGGCUGGCUUCCUGCAGAUCCAGGAGAUCAUGGAGAAGGGCACCGAGUUCUUCCUCAAGGUGAGCUCCCCAAGCUGCGACUCCCAGGGCCUGCACGCAGAGGAGGCCCCAUCGUCGGAGCCCCAGAGCCCCGUGGCACAGACGUCGGGCUGGCCAGCCUGUAGCACCCCACUGCCCCUCGUGUCACGGGUGAAGACAGAGCAGCAGGAGUCGGACUCUGUGCAGUGCAUGCCCGUGGCCAAGCGGCUGUGGGACAGUGGCCAGAAGGAGGCCGGGGGCAGCAGCAACGGCAGCCGCAAAAUGGCCAAGUUCUCCACGCCGGACCUGGCUGCCAACCGGCCUCACCAGCCCCCGCCACCCCAACAGGCUCCGGUGGUGGCAGCAGCCCAGCCCGCCGUGGCCACGGGAGCAGGGCAGCCGGCCGGUGGGGUGGCGGCAGCAGGGGGCGUAGUGAGUGGGCCCAGCACGUCGGAGCGGACCAGCCCGGGCACCUCGAGCGCCUACACCAGCGACAGCCCUGGCUCCUACCACAAUGAGGAGGACGAGGAGGAGGACGGCGGCGAGGAGGGCAUGGAUGAGCAGUACCGGCAGAUCUGCAACAUGUACACCAUGUACAGCAUGAUGAACGUCGGCCAGACAGCCGAGAAAGUGGAGGCCCUCCCGGAGCAGGUGGCCCCCGAGUCCCGGAAUCGUAUCCGGGUUCGGCAAGACCUGGCGUCUCUCCCGGCUGAGCUUAUCAACCAGAUUGGGAACCGCUGCCACCCCAAGCUCUACGACGAGGGCGACCCCUCUGAGAAGCUGGAGCUGGUGACAGGCACCAACGUAUACAUCACAAGGGCGCAGCUGAUGAACUGCCAUGUCAGCGCAGGCACACGGCACAAGGUUCUCCUGCGGCGGCUCCUGGCCUCCUUCUUUGACCGGAACACACUGGCCAACAGCUGUGGCACCGGCAUCCGCUCUUCUACCAACGAUCCCCGCCGGAAGCCCCUGGACAGCCGCGUGCUCCAUGCCGUCAAGUACUACUGCCAGAACUUUGCCCCCAACUUCAAGGAGAGCGAGAUGAAUGCCAUCGCGGCCGACAUGUGCACCAAUGCCCGCCGCGUCGUGCGCAAGAGCUGGAUGCCCAAGGUCAAGGUGCUCAAGGCUGAGGAUGACGCCUACACCACCUUCAUCAGUGAAACGGGCAAGAUCGAGCCGGACAUGAUGGGUGUGGAGCAUGGCUUCGAGACCGCCAGCCACGAGGGAGAGGCGGGUCCCUCAGCCGAGGCCCUGCAGUAACCCGCCCGGCCUCCUGCGGGGCCUCACACUCCCCCUCCCAACACACACACACCCGCCAUCUUGGUCAUGAGCUACUGUCUGUCCCUCCCCAGGACCGCGGUGGGUGCUGCAUGUUCCCGGCCCUCUGCCCCUCCUGUCCCACCCCCUUCCCCCACCAAGAGCUGGGCCGGGAGAGGACUGCAGGGCAGGUGGUGUGGGGUCCGUGUUGCCUUCUUUAACACACACUCGUGCAGUGGGGGAGUUCUGGCUCCCCAACCUAACCCCUAGCCGUCAUCUCCACACUCACCAGGCCCGCCAGGGGAGGGGGCUGGCCUGGGGGUCUCGGGAAGGCCCCCUCCCCAGGCCCUGGGCCACCUCGCGGAAGCCUUCAGCCUCCGCCCCUCACUGCAGCCCCUUGGGACUUGAGGGGGCCCCAGGGGUUCUCAGGACCCCUCCCACCACCUCCCAGUGCUUCCACGUCUCCAAAAGCGCCUUCCUGUCACCCUCGUCUGUCCCUGCGCCUGGGGGCUGGGGUAGGCGAGGCCAUGGGGACUACCCAUUUUACAGCUGGGGAAAUUGAGGCUCCGAGAAAUUGCACAACCGACCUAAGGUGGCCGGCAGUGGUGUGCCCGGUGCCCUUUCUCCUCUUUUCCGCCUCUGUUGCCCCCAUUGGUCCUCUGGGGCCUCAGAGAGGCAGGUCCUAAAGGAGGGGGGGGUCUCUUGGGGGCAGAUCAAGGGUCUCGGAGGAUAGAAUGAGAGGUUUCCAGGGCUGGCAGAGCGUGUGCGUGUGUGUGUGUGCAAAAGUUUUGCUUUCAAACAAAUGAAGAUACGAGAGGCAGUAGGACCUGGGUUGGAACCCAGGGGAGCAGACUGGGGGGCUGCUGCCCCUCCCUCCAUCUCCCCACCCCCACCCCACCCCACGGCAGGGCUCCUGGCCCCCACCCCCUGUACAUAAUUUUUAAAACAUUUUUUUAGCGAAUGAAAUAUUGAAGUAUAAGAUUCCUUUUAUUUUUCAAACCAAUGGGGCUGUGUCUGUUGUCCUCCUUGGUCCCCAGGGGUGGGGAGUACCGUGGAAGGCAGGAUGGUGUCGGGGGACUUGGGGGCAGCCUGAAUGUGUGUGUGUGUGUCUGGGGUGUGGGUGUGUGUUUCCAUGGUAGGACUCCAGUCCCAGCUGCUGCCUAGGCUCCUGUGGGUCCCGCCGGGUUCCCCCUCCCCUGUCCACCUUCCCCAACAGGGCUAUAGUUUAAGGGCGUCCCAGGCCUUGGCUGGUUGGCUGGGCCCAGCUCCUGGCGGCUGGGCUGGGCUGGGCUGGGCAGGGCCGGGCAGGGCAGGGCAGGGCAGGGCAGGGCAGGGCAGGGCCAGGCCGGGCCGGGCCGGGUCCACUUCCAUUGUUAGCAGUUGUUUGCAGAAUUUUCUCUUUUACCAUUCCUCUCUUUUUGUUCUCACCCAGAGUGGGUGGUUUUUUGUUGUUGUUUUAGAUUUUCAUGUGAAGGCAGAGAGUUUUUUUUUUUUUUUUAAACUCCCCAUCCCCCUACGCGGGGUGUCAUUUCACCAUCCACAUCCUUGUUUGUGUUUCUGGCCCUCGUCCUCCCUGCCUCUCCUCUGCCUCUCCUCUGCCUCCCCUCUGCCUCCCCAACCCCUGCCUACCCACUGCUCCCAGGGGUCUCUCCAGGGGCAGGGGGAUUUCAGGAGAUGGAGUGGGGGCCAGCCCCGACUGGACCCUUGGAAUCUGAUUCGGAGACCAUCCCCCUGAUGGGACCAGCAGCCCCACCGGCCUACUGGGGGUCCCUUUUAACAUCUGCUUGUUGCGGGGGUCAGUCAUGAGUGCCAGGGUCUGGCUGGGGUCUUGGCACUGUCUUCCUGGCUGGGGCCUGGCACCUUAGCCCCCAGCCGGUCUGAGUGGGGGAUGUUGACACCCCCAGCUAAAGCACAAGCACCUUAGUCGCCCCUCCUCUCCCCCUGCCUCCUGGCCUGCCACCCCACCCCAGCGUUUACCCCAAAGCACAAUGCCCUGGUCACUUGGCAAGCAGCUGGGCCUGACGGAGGCCGAGGGGCAGACCGGGGCUCCAGCCAGACCCGGGCUCCAGCCAGACCCCCGAAAGGAAGCUCCCCCACUUCCAGGCCUUAGUUGGGGUGGGGGGGCAGCUUCUGGGCCUGGGGUCUUCUCUCCCCCACCCCCUUGUCCUGGGUAGGCCCCUGCCUGCCCCUCUCUGCCUUUUCCUUGGGUGUCCCUCUUCGAGCCCCUGUGGCACUGGCUUGGGUGGCAGAGCCCACUUGUUUCAGGGACCCCAGGAGGUGCCCCCUGGCUCCCGGGACUGUGUGUGGGUCUGGGGGAUGGGGGGGAAGAAGGGUGGGGCAGGGGGUGCAGGGGAGGAAACUCCUCACCAGGAGAGCCAAAGACAGGGUUGUGCCUUACCCCAGGAGCCACCCCUGUGCCCCCCUUGCCCUGCCAUUCACCCUCCACCCCUCCCCCCGGGCGGCCUGCUGCUUUUUCCUUCUCUUCCUCCCCUGUCCUGCCCUGAGCUGCAUGGUUCCCCCACCCUGGGCAGCCAGGAAGGAGUCUGAAUGGAGAAUCACCAACCACCAGAGAAAAAAGACUGUGGGGCCCUCCCCUGCCAACUCCCCUUCCCUGGCCGCCCACUCACCCACACCUCUUUCACGUAGGACAGGCUGCCCACCCUGUCCACGUGAAGUGCCAACGCCCUCCCCACCCUGGGCCGAGCCCCCAUCCCUCCCUGGGCCCCCAAGUGAGAUUGCACAUUUAACUACUGUAAGGAGAGGAGCGGCGUUGGCAAAUGUGAACCAUGAGAAUAUCAGUGAUACUGAUGAGAAUAAACUAAACGCCUUUGUAACAGC